UUUGAACAGUCCCUCUCCAGCUUUCCUGUAGCCCCUUCAGGUGCUGGAAGGUCGCUAUAAAAUCUCCUCGGAGCCUUCUCUUCCCCAGGCUGAACAGCCGCUCUCUCAGCCUGUCCCCCACGGGCGAUGCUCCAGCCCUCUGACCAUCUCCUCCCUCACGUCCAAUCUCGACGCUGCCAGUGCCGCUUUCGAGCCGCCCCGUGCGGGGCCGGGCCUGGCUGCCAUCCCCGCUCCCCUCCCGGCGCAGGCGCGGGCGGCUCCAUGGCGGGCGCGCUGGGCUCCAUGUUCCCCAACCAGGCGCCGCCGCCGCCGGGGCCUCCGGGCGGCGCGGGCCCGGCCGGCCUCAUCCCGCCCGCGGCGGGGCCGCGCAACCCCAACGCGACGCUGGUGGACGAGCUGGAGGCGUCCUUCGAGGCGUGCUUCGCCUCCCUGGUGAGCCAGGACUACGUGAACGGCACCGACCAGGAGGAGAUCCGCACCGGUGUUGAUCAGUGCAUCCAGAAGUUCCUGGAUGUUGCAAGACAAACUGAAUGCUUUUUUCUACAAAAAAGACUGCAGCUGUCAGUCCAGAAACCAGAGCAAGUAAUUAAAGAGGAUGUCUCAGAAUUAAGAAAUGAAUUGCAGAGAAAAGAGGCAUUAAUUCAGAAACAUUUGAGUAAACUGCGGCACUGGCAACAGGUCCUGGAAGAUAUCAGUGUACAGCACAAAAAGCCUGCAGAAAUGCCUCAGGGUCCGCUAGCUUACCUAGAACAAGCAUCUGCUAAUAUUCCUGCUCCAAUGAAGCAAACGUGAUCUUUGAUUUUACACAUCCGCGUAUUUUCAGCACUGUAAAGCAGUGGCGUACUUUGUAUGCUCUUUGUAUAAUGUAGUUUGUACUACAAAUAUAGUUAAUGAGGCAAAAUAAAUUAUCUUCUUUCCUCCCCCAAAAAACGUGAAAUGUUUUU